AUGCGUGAAAUUGUUCAUCUCCAAACCGGCCAAUGUGGUAACCAAAUUGGUGCCGCCUUCUGGCAAAACAUCUCAGGCGAGCACGGUCUUGAUGGACAGGGUGUCUACAACGGAACCUCUGAUCUUCAGCUCGAGCGUAUGAACGUCUAUUUCAACGAAGCCUCCGGAAACAAAUAUGUUCCUCGUGCCGUUCUCGUCGAUUUGGAGCCAGGUACUAUGGACGCGGUCCGUGCCGGUCCUUUUGGUCAACUUUUCCGACCCGACAACUUCGUUUUCGGUCAAUCCGGUGCUGGUAACAAUUGGGCUAAGGGACAUUACACUGAGGGUGCUGAGCUCGUGGACCAAGUCCUCGAUGUCGUCCGUCGUGAGGCUGAGGGAUGUGACUGCCUCCAAGGUUUCCAAAUCACCCACUCCCUUGGUGGUGGAACUGGAGCUGGUAUGGGUACGCUUUUGAUCUCCAAGAUCCGUGAGGAGUUCCCAGAUCGUAUGAUGGCCACAUUCUCCGUUGUGCCAUCACCAAAGGUCUCUGACACCGUUGUCGAACCAUACAAUGCCACCCUCUCCGUACAUCAGUUAGUCGAGAACUCCGACGAGACCUUCUGUAUCGACAACGAGGCGCUUUACGAUAUUUGUAUGAGAACUCUCAAGCUCUCCAACCCUUCAUACGGAGAUCUUAACCACUUGGUCUCCGCCGUCAUGUCCGGUGUCACCACUUGUCUUCGUUUCCCAGGUCAGCUUAACUCUGAUCUCCGCAAACUGGCUGUCAACAUGGUGCCAUUCCCUCGUCUUCAUUUCUUCAUGGUUGGAUUUGCUCCUCUUACCAGCCGCGGAGCUCACUCUUUCCGUGCCGUUACCGUCCCAGAGUUGACCCAGCAAAUGUACGAUCCAAAGAACAUGAUGGCCGCCUCCGAUUUCCGUAAUGGUCGUUACCUCACAUGCUCUGCUAUCUUCCGUGGCAAGGUCUCCAUGAAAGAAGUUGAGGACCAGAUGCGAAAUGUCCAAAACAAGAACUCGUCUUACUUCGUCGAGUGGAUCCCUAACAACGUUCAAACCGCUCUUUGCUCCAUUCCUCCACGUGGACUUAAGAUGUCCUCUACUUUCGUCGGUAACUCGACAUCCAUCCAAGAGUUGUUCAAGCGUGUCGGUGAUCAGUUCACUGCUAUGUUCAGGCGAAAGGCUUUCUUGCAUUGGUAUACUGGAGAGGGUAUGGACGAGAUGGAAUUCACUGAGGCCGAGUCCAACAUGAACGAUUUAGUGUCCGAGUAUCAACAAUACCAGGAUGCCUCCAUCUCCGAGGGUGAAGAGGAGUAUGAGGAAGAGGCCCCAUUGGAGGAGGAGGCUUAA